AUGGUGGAAACAGGACGUAAAGGUCGUAUUCAAACUGAUUCCCCUUCUGAUCUGCGUCUACUAGAUUAUCAAUCAAAAAAGUUAUACAAAGAUUCUAUUCAAUUAUUGAGCAAAUUAUCUCUACAUCACAAGGACAUUAAAUCCAUUUUAGAAUAUUCUCAAGGUUUAAAAUCAACUCUCUUGACGGAUGGCAAAAAAUACUAUAACAAACUAUUCAAGUUCCGUACAUUGGUCGAAUCAUUUAGCUUAAAAAAAUCACAAAUUGCAAAUAAACAAAUAAAUCAUGGAAAUCCUGUAAAAGAGUUACAAGAUCUACUGAAAAGUAUUGAAGACAUUCUAACAGAAUACAAAACAGAGGAGAGAAUGAUUGCUGAAGCAUUACUUCAACAAGAAGUUGAAUUAUGGCAAGAUUGUUUAAAUAUGGAGCAUCGAAUUAGUUUUUGGGAGAAUGAUUCAAAAAUAUCGGAUGGAAUGAAUUCAAAACUUCAAAAUAGAGAACAAUCAACCAAUUUAUUGACACGUUUUAGUAGUGAAAAUAAAACUUUACCUAAUGAAAUAAACGAAUUUCAAAACUUCCUAGAUAAUCAUGGAGGACGAACUGGUGGUUGGACUGAAGAUGAACAUUUUAAAUUUUUAAAACAUUACAAAAUUCAUAAAUUUAAAUAUAAAAAUGAGUUAAAAAAUCCUGAAAAAUUGAUAAACAACAUUCAAGAUCGUGAAAAUGAAGAUUUAAAUAAUAAUAAUCAUCAUCAUCAAGAAAUAGAAUUGAAUAUUUCAACAAGAGAUAAUGACGACCAACAAACAGUAGAAGAUGAAAGUGCGAAUAGAAGAAAUGAGGGUAUUGUCAAUGAUAAUAUUCAUGCAUUUCAUCAUGAACUUGCAAAUAUAAUAAUGACUAAAACACCAGAACAAGUAGCUGAACAUGAAAAAUGGUGGAAAGAAUUUCAGCGGCUUGAAAAUGCAAAACGUAAUGUCAUUAAAAAGUGGAGUGAAGAUCGGCGUUUAACUAUGCAACAUAAAAAACAAUCUGAAGAGAAAAAUGAUAAUCAUAAUGAUACCAUUGGAACUCCGAUCACACAACAUUUAUCAAUAAGUCAAUUAGAAACUAGAAAAGCAGAAUUAGAAUUAUGGCGUAAUCAAAGAGAAGAAAUUAAGAAACAAGCGGAGUUAUUAAAAAAACAAGCUGAAUAUCAAUCAAAACAAACUGAAUUAGAAUUGAAACGUAAAAGACAAGCAAAAAUUCAACAUAAAAUCUCUUUAUAUAAACAAGAGAAAAUGGCUGAGAAAUUAACUGCACUUCAUCAAUUAAAGAUUCAAACAAAAAUGGAACAACAAAUUCGUCAACAAAAGAUUAAUGAUGCUGCUAGUCGAAUUGAGCAAAGAAUAAUUACUCAUUUGAAUCAAUUAUCUUCACGUAAAAAAGCUAAACAACAAGCAGAAAUUCCUCGACAACAAUUAUUAGAACAAAUUCCAAUUAAGACUAAUAUACAAGUUACACGUGAUCCACAACGUUUAUGUCAAUUAACAAAAGGAUGGGAAAUUCGUUUAACUCAACCAAAAGAACAAUCAAUUAUUAAUCAAGGUCUUGAUUUAAGUGUAAAUACUGGAAGAAUGAUACCACAAUGGAGAAGAAAUUUAUGA